UGAUUUUCUUGAUAGUAAAAUUGAUGUAUCAUCAUUAACUCGUUAUUUGAUAGUUUCAGUUUUAAUUUUGAGAUUUUCUUGCUUUUUUACAGCAAUAGUAUUGUCUAUAUUUCCCUGGAGAAUCUAUGUUGUAUCUGACUAUUUGUAUUAGUACUAGUCGUCAUUAAUUUGAUAGUCAUAAUUUGGAAGAUUCAAGGUUGUUUAACUUCUUAAUGGAAUUAUCAUCUGUACUUUUGUCAUUGGUCAUUCGUAGAAUGAAUUGAAGUAGACCUUAUGAAAUACUUUAGGCGAGCACCUUUUCCAAUCAAGUAGGUACUGAGAAUCUAUCUAGGUAUCUGACGUACAUUGUACUUGUAUAUUUUAUCUGUAUUUAGUAUGAGUCCUCGUUGAUUUGAUAGUCUAUAUUUUGGAAAUUCAAGAUAGUUCAACUUCUUAUUGGAAUUAUCAUCUGUACUUUUAUAGUAGUGAUGUAGACCUUAUGAGGCGAGCAUCUUCUCCAAUCAAAUGGAAGAGAUCUCUAAGUUGAAUGAAGAAGUGAUACAGUUGCAAGAGAUGCUGGAAGAGUUGAAGAAUGGUCGAAGUGUAUCAGGUGAAAAGAUGAAUUUUAGUCGCAGUGGUGGUGAUGGGGGCAAGAAAAUGGAUUUCGCAGAUGAUCCCAUUGAUGCUCAACGAAGAGAAAAAGUGAAAGAUGCUAUGCGUCAUGCCUGGAGUUCAUAUGAAAAAUAUGCAUGGGGCCACGAUGAACUUCAGCCACAAACAAAGAAUGGUGUUGACAGUUUUGGUGGUCUUGGUGCAACAUUAAUUGAUUCUCUUGACACACUAUAUAUCAUGGGCUUGGAUGAGCAGUUUCGGAGAGCUAGAGAGUGGGUUGCAAACUCCCUGGAUUUCAACAAGAAUUAUGACGCCAGUGUUUUUGAGACUACCAUAAGAGUUGUUGGUGGACUGCUUAGUGCGUAUGACCUCUCUGGUGAUAAGCUUUUCCUAGAUAAGGCUAAAGAUAUUGCUGACAGACUGUUGCCUGCAUGGAAUACGCCCACUGGCAUCCCUUACAACAUUAUCAAUUUGUUACAUGGGAAUCCACAUAAUCAUCGGUGGACUGCGGGUCAUAGUAUCCUGGCAGAUUCUGCCUCUGAGCAGCUUGAAUUUAUUGCUCUUUCGCAAAGGACAGGAGACUUAAAGUAUCAACAAAAGGUGGAGAAUGUUAUCUUAGAAAUCAGUAGAACUUUCCCAAAUGAUGGUUUGCUGCCAAUACACAUUAGUCCAGAGGGAGAGACAGUUGUAUACUCCACUAUAACGUUUGGGGCCAUGGGGGACAGCUUUUAUGAAUAUUUACUCAAGGUCUGGAUACAAGGAAACAGAACAGCUGCUGUGGGACACUACAGAAAAAUGUGGGAGACAUCAAUGAAAGGUCUUUUAAGCUUGGUGCGAAGGACUUCCCCAUCAUCUUUUGCUUAUAUUUGUGAGAAGGUUGGAGAUUCUUUAGAAGACAAGAUGGAUGAACUUGCAUGCUUUGCUCCAGGAAUGUUAGCUUUAGGUUCGUCUGGUUAUGGUCCUGACGAGUCUCAGAAGUUCUUAUCGCUGGCAGAAGAGCUUGCUUGGACUUGCUAUAACUUCUACCAGUCAACACCUACAAAAUUGGCAGGAGAAAACUAUUUCUUUUAUGAUGGCCAGGAUAUGACUGUGGGCACAUCGUGGAACAUACUAAGGCCAGAAACAGUCGAAUCUCUGUUCUACCUCUGGCGUUUGACUGGAAACAAGACAUACCAAGAGUGGGGUUGGAACAUAUUUCAAGCAUUUGAAAAGAACUCGAGAAUAGAAUCUGGAUAUGUUGGACUUAAAGAUGUUAACACGGGUGUGCAAGACAAUAAGAUGCAGAGCUUUUUUCUCGCGGAGACUCUUAAAUAUCUCUAUCUUCUUUUCUCACCCUCUUCAGUCAUUCCCCUGGAUGAGUGGGUUUUUAACACAGAAGCUCACCCCAUAAAAAUUGUGAGCCGGAAUGAUCGAGCUGUGAGUUCUGGAGCUGGAAGGUCAGUUGGACAGCAAAAAUCAUAUAGGCGGGCGCGGACCAGGAGAGAAGGUCGAUUUGGUAAUAAGUAUAAGUAGGUUCUCACAGGUCCUCAUUAGAUUAGUUAUUGAUUCAGUAUUAUGGGAUUGCACUUGUUCAACCAGUCACGGGAUUUUAUCAUUGGAAUCAUGCUAGUGUUGGUACCUUGACAGAAGAAUGUUCCAUGUCGGAGAAGUUACGAGUAUGUAGCAGUAGCAUAGCCAUUUUUGGGGAUUGACGAGUUUUGUAUAUCAUACCUUUUAUUUUCUUCUUAAAAUGCAGUAGGUAAAUUCAUUUCAA